UCUCGAAUCUUAUCACAAAUGAUAAUAAAACAUAACAAAAACCAAACAAGAAAACAAGAAUGCACCAAAAGUCAGCCUUGCAUUUAAUAUAUGCAAUUUUGUAAUAAGUAACUUCAUGUUAAUAAUCUCUCUCUCUAUAUACUUUUCGCUAUCGAAUAACCUUUCUUGGUUUGUUAAAAAAAAAUUAAUGGCUCCGUCGUUUCUAAGCGUGGCCAAGUUCGUCGAAGCAAUACUUCGCCGAAGAUUCUCCUCCGCUGGUCUCUCUCUACAAACCCUAUCCAUCGACUCCGAAACCACCAUACAAUUCUGGGGCCCACCGCCAUCUCUGUCACAUGAAAACAAACAAAAACGGUCCCUUCUCCUCCUCCACGGUUUUGGCCCCUCCGCCGUAUGGCAAUGGAGCCGGCAGGUAAAACCACUCUCUCUCGCCUUUCGUCUCUACAUCCCAGACCUUGUCUUCUUUGGAGGCUCCACGACAACCUCAUCUUGCUCCGACGAGAACCGGUCAGAGAUUUUUCAGGCUUCGUGCAUGGGGAAGCUGAUGGAGAAGCUCGGUGUGGAGAGAUUUAGUGUUGUCGGGACGAGUUACGGUGGGUUUGUGGCGUAUAACAUGGCCAAAAUGUCUCCGGAGAAAGUGGACAAAGUGAUUCUUGCUAGCUCCGGCGUUAAUAUGCGGCGGAGUGACAACGAGGCUUUCAUAGCGAGGGCCAAGUGCCACCGUAUAACGGAGGUGAUGCUUCCUUCCUCGGGGACCGAUCUCAGGAGAUUCUCUGGGAUGGUUUCUUCUAGGAAGCUCGAUUUUGUCCCAGAUUUUGUCUUGAACGACUUUUGCCAGAAAAUGUAUUCGGAGAAGAGAGAGGAAAAGGCAGAACUUCUGAAGGGGCUCAGUAUUGGGAGGGACGAUAAAACUAACAUCACUCCCAUUCAACAAGAUGUAAUGCUGAUAUGGGGAGAGCGUGAUCAGGUUUUUCCUUUGAAAAUGGCCCAUGACCUGAGAGAGAUGUUGGGGAAGAAAACGAAGCUGAAAGUGAUACAAAAGACAUCACACAUACCCCAAACGGAAAAGCCCAAAGAAUUCAAUGGCACUAUCAUGUCUUUCUUGUUAUCUCCCUCUCCUUCAAUAUAAUUGUAACAACCAUAUCAAACUAAAAAACUUGCGUAUUUGAUUCCUCAAUUCGUCAACGUUAGAAGUGUUUUUUUUUUGUAAACAGAAUGUUAGAAGUGUUUGUGACAAUGCCAAAUACAUUUAA